AUAAAGGUGACGGCGAUGCCCAGCGGGCCCCAUAGUCGAACCGUGAGCCUCGCAGCGACAAUGCUGAACCUGCUGUUCUUCCUGCUCAUCGCCGCCGAGAGGACGACAUCCGCCGAAGGCGACUGGUGGACCUCAGCGUCGCUGUACCAAAUCUACCCUCUGUCCUUCAAGGAUUCGGACGGGGACGGAAGCGGAGACCUCAAAGGUAUAACGUCCGAGGUGGACUACUUCAGUACACUCAAAGUGGACGCGGUCUGGCUCUCACCCAUUUAUGAGUCGCCUUUCGAAGACGGUGGUUACGACGUUAGCAAUUUCACCAAGGUCCACCCAAAGUUCGGUACUCUCGAGGACUUCACCGAGAUGGUUGAAGCAUUCCAUAAAAAAGGGAUCAAGGUACUUCUCGACUUCGUGCCCAACCACACCAGCGACCGGCACCCAUGGUUCCAAGACUCGUUACGGAAGAUAAAUGGCAAAGACGACUUUUACGUGUGGGCUAACAUGAGCACUUUCCAGACUAAACCUCUUCCUCCGACCAACUGGAAAUCACUCUUGUACAAUGGCAAGGAACCGGCCUGGACAUACGUCAAAGAGAGGGCUAUGUUUUAUCUGCACCAGUUCGGCGAGUUCCAGCCUGAUUUGAACUAUAAAAACCCGGCUGUCGUCGACGAGAUGAAGGACGUUUUGAAAUUCUGGUUGAACAAAGGAGUCGAUGGCUUCAGGGUCGACGCGGCACCUUUCCUUGUAGAAGGAAGUCUGCUGGACGAACCUAAAUUACCAAACUGCCCUGACGAGAGGUACAGCUGCUACAAUCACACCUACACCAUGAACCAGAACAAGACCUUCUCCGUUCUCAAGCAGUUCGAGGACGUAUUGGAAGAAGCGUCGAAGACCGGAUCACAAAAGGUGAUGUUCGUCGAGGCCUACACGGACGUUAACAACACUAUGAGGUAUUACGGAAAGAGGACCGUCCCCUUCAACUUUUUCUUGAUAACCCAUCUCCGAAAAGAUUCGAAUGCAACGGCUUUCGCCAAAGCCAUCAACCAAUGGAUGGACAAUUUACCAAAAAACCACCCUCCGAACUGGGUCCUUGGCAACCACGAUGUCAACCGUGUCGCCUCUAGGCUCGGCAAGGACAUGAUCAACUUGAUGAACAUGCUCGUCCUCCUCCUCCCCGGGACUUCAGUCACCUACUACGGCGAGGAGAUCGGCAUGGUCAAUUCAGACGUUAAAAACAUCAACGACUCAGUGGCCUUCGACAGCAGAGACGGGGAGAGAACGCCGUUCCAGUGGAACAACCGCACAAACGCGGGUUUCUCCAACGCCUCGCACACAUGGUUGCCGGUCAAUCAGGACUACUACGAGAUAAACGUCGAAUCUGAGAGAAGCUCGACCAACAGCUACUUAAACUUUUACCAGAAAUUGAAGGAAUUCAGGAAAACAGAGAUGGCAGAUAAAAAUUGGAAAGGUGCUAUGAAUAUAAGCGACUACGUCUUAGCCGUGAGAAGGGAUAACAUGGUCAUGGUUUUGAAUUUGGACAACCAGAAUCAGAAAGUGGACCUGACGAAGCUGAACCUGGGGUCGGGCACGGUCGGACACAUGAAACUGUCCACGUACAACUUAGCCUUCGAAAAAGAGACGGAAAUCGACUUUUCAAAACCGAUUGAUCUGCAAGCCAAGGCAGGCUUCGUCAUGCAAGUACCCAGCGGUGCAGCCACAUACUUCGCUUCCCUGUCUCUCUUCAUCGCCUGCCUAUUCUUCUCGCUCCGUUCCUAGAAAUUAUUUAAAAAACUUAACAAAUCGAUAAAAUUAAACGUGACCAUUAAAACUUAACCAGCUAAGAAAUCCAACUAUUUAUGUUUACUUUCACCACUCGAACGGAUGGUUUUAUCCGACUGCGAUUAGAUAAGAAAUAAAUUUAAGUUUUUACCACCCUCUGUGCAA